AUGGCCAGCAAGGUCAAGGUCAAGGUUGGCAAAGGCGACGCUGUCGUAUAUUGGAUGAGGAUGCAGGAUAUGCGAAUUCAUGACAACAGAGCACUCAGCCAAGCGUCUGAAUAUGCCCGGCUUCAUAGUCUUUCUCUGAUUGUUCUCUUCAUCCUAAGUCCACAGGAUUAUAUUGCGCACGACCGCAGUGCCCGUAGAAUUGAUUUUACCCUGCGAAAUUUGAUGCAAAUCAAAAAUUCUCUCGCCAAGCUCGACAUCCCGCUGCAUGUCAUUACUCACAGCCCGCGCAAAACUCUUCCUGAGCGUGUCACGACAACUCUUUCGGACUGGAACGCCAGUCGGCUCUUCGCGAACGUUGAACACGAGGUAGAUGAGCUGCGCCGUGAUCUUCGAGUAUACGAACUCGCUCAACGUACCGGCAAAGCCGAAUGCACAUUCGUCAAUGGUAAAUGUAUCCUUCCGCCUGGUACUGUUUUGACGAAGGACGGCCGCGGGUACACCGUUUACUCACCUUUCCUGCGUAGUUGGAUCCCGCACCUUACAGACACUCCGGACCCUUUGGCAUGUGCACCAGACGUAGAGUCUAACGAUGCAACAGUACGACAGCAUCCCAUCUUCGGACAGCUUUUCAAUUCCGCUAUCCCCGAAUAUAUGGAAGGUUACGAGCUGUCAAAGGAAGACGCAGAGAUCAUGUGUGUCUGUUGGCCCGCAGGCGAAGCUGCCGCACAAGAGAUUCUGUUGCGAUUCUUGCAUACCAAAGCACGCCCUGCUCAGUUUGGUGCCGCUGAUCCCUUAUCGCCUGGCGCGUCCGAGCCCAAGUCUGGGCCGAAAGAUAGUAGGCUCGGCAAAUACGGGGAUGCGAGGGAUCGGGUUGACGCAGACACGACAAGCCGCUUGAGCCCAUAUCUCGCGGCAGGGGUGAUUUCCGCCCGUGAAUGCGUCCGCGCUACGCGGGCGCUGUCAGAGGGCAAGCAUUCGAAGGUGGACGUGAGCAGGGACACUGGUGUUGGACGCUGGGUCCAAGAGCUAGCCUGGCGCGAUUUCUACACACACGUACUCGCACUGUUUCCGCGCGUGUCGAUGGGGAGACCUUUUCAGGAGAAGUUUGCGAACGUCUCCUGGGAGACAAACGAGUCCCACCUACAAGCGUGGAAAGAUGGCCGCACAGGCGUUCCAAUAGUGGACGCGGGCAUGCGCCAGAUGAACAAGAUGGGUUGGAUGCACAAUCGCUUGCGCAUGGUCACAGCAAUGUAUCUUGUCAAAGACUUGAUGAUCGAUUGGAGGUUGGGUGAGAAGUACUUCAUGGAAACGCUGAUCGAUGGUGACCUCGCGUCCAACAAUGGAGGAUGGCAGUGGAGUGCAAGCACAGGUGUCGAUCCAGUGCCCUACUUCCGGAUAUUCAACCCGUACCUCCAGAGCAAGAAGGCUGAUCCGAGCGGCGAUUAUAUCCGCUACUUCGUGCCUGAGCUAGCCAAGGUUUUUGGAGAUGAGAUACACAACCCGCCUCCGAGGUGUGCGGAGAAGCUAGGAUAUCCGACGCCGUUAGUAAAACAUGAUGAGGCACGUCAGCGGGCGAUUAAGCGAUAUAAAAAUCCGGGAGAUGUUUGA